UCCUAUGGUCUGGUCCCAGUGAGAGAGCCGCUGUGUAUGUGUGAGCACAGAGGGCUGCUUCUGCUGCUUCUCCUGAUGUCAGGCACAGACAUGUGUGAGUAGACAGACAGAGAGAAAGAGAGAAAGAAAGAAAGAAAGAAAGAAAGAAAAAGAGUGUGUGUUUGGAGCUCAAGCACCUCUCAGCGUUUUGUGUUCCCACUUCAUCUGCCAGUAUAUGAGGUCACUGCGCCUCUGGAUACGGGACUCAUCUUUCCCCCACCAGGAUGAUCUGGAUAGAAACGAUGGUUCGUUAGAAAAGGGGUCAAGCUGAAGGUCAAGGUGAGAUAAAGUAGAGAAGAAAGCAAAAGAUACGAUAAAGCCAAAAUGAACCCCAUACGCAAAGACAUGGAGCUGCUGAGCAACACCAUGGCUACAUACGCCCAUAUAACAGAGAACAUGGAGAGCUUCGCACUGUACUUCAUGUUGGGUGUGUGUUCAGGUCUUCUGCUGGCCCUGGUCCUCCUCAUACUGGGCAUCGCCUGCCGACUGCGUUCAAAAACAAAAACACCCUCCUCACCGGACAAGAGACGACUGAAAGAAUCCAGCGAGGAGGAGGAAGACAAGGAAGACGACCAAAGUGAGGAAGGAGAUGAGGAGGACCUAGAAGUCUCAGUGGUCACAGUGAGUCCCAUGAGUGAUCAGACCCAGUUGAACGGAACCAUUAAGAGUGUGAACGUGUUUGCUUCAGCGGAGGAGCUGGAAAGAGCCAGGAGACUGGAGGAGAGAGAACGGAUCGUCAGGGAGAUCUGGAGGAACGGACAGCCGGAUAUACUUGUCACGGGCACAGGCACACUCGGACGAGUUCACUAUCACUAGCAGUGUUUUAUCUACUGGAUGCAGUUGUUUCAUGCAGAUAUGGAAUGCCACGGGACAUUUAUCUGUGCAAUAGAUUUGGGUGUAAUGUACCUUUAAAAUGGUAAGGAUUAUAGACUCUUAAAAAUAAGGCUUCCAAAGGAAGAUUUUACAGUGAUACCAUCAAAGAACUUAAAACAACAUUUUUUCCUUAAUGUGAAGAACAUUUUAAUGAUCUAAAGAUUUUUUUUU